AUGUUUUUGUGCACACGAAGGGUAAUCUCUCCCCCUCUACAGAGACACCCUCUCCCCCUCUACAGAGACACCCUAUCCCCCUCUACAGAGACACCCUCUCCUCCUCUACAGAGACACCCACUCCCCCUCUACAGAGACACCCUCUCCCCCUCCACAGAGACACCCUCUCCCCCUCUACAGAGACACCCACUCCCCCUCUACAGAGACACCCUCUCCCCCUCCACAGAGACACCCUCUCCCCCUCUACAGAGACACCCUCUCCCCCUCUACAGAGACACCCUCUCCCCCUCUACAGAGACACCCUCUCCCCCUCUACAGAGACACCCUAUCCCCCUCUACAGAGACACCCUCUCCCCCUCUACAGAGAGACACCCUAUCCCCCUCUACAGAGACACCCACUCCCCCUCCACAGAGACACCCUCUCCCCCUCCACAGAGACACCCACUCCCCCUCCACAGAGACACCCACUCCCCCUCCACAGAGACACCCACUCCCCCUCCACAGAGACACCCACUCCCCCUCCACAGAGACACCCUCUCCCCCUCCACAGAGACGUACAUUUGCAAACACUCCCUUUUUAAGUGA